AUCUGAGGUUUUGCUCCGGUGUUUCCCAUCCCAGUACUGACCUAACUUGGAUCUACCGAGAACUUAGGGGGCUCUGAAAAAAAAAGGAAGUCGAUUCAAUUAAUGGAAUUAGCUACCAAGGCUCCUGGGCCUUUUUCCUUUCUGCAAUUGUGCCUUCAAAUUAUUAGAAGUUGCCGAUCAAAAUCAUGGGCACUUAAAUUCAUUCUCUGGUUAUAGAUAUGUUCAACAAGUUGGUUUCUGUAAGAGCUGCAGAAGAUAUUUUAGCUGCUUACCUAGCACCUUUCUCAGGAAGUAAUAAUAGCACCAAAUAUUGCUGAUUCCUAGGAAAGCGUUUACUACCUGAUAAUUUACUGAGUUAAAGUAGUCAUAACUGUUUAUGUACAUUAAAAGUAAGGUUUUUACUUUUUACAUCUUGGGAAUCAUGCCUACCAUGUACCGAGUCCUAACUGCCUUCCUUCCAGGCCCUACUGUGUGUACUUUAGUCCUUCCACUAACGCUUGGAGGUGCGUAGGAACGGUCCCCGAUGUACGCGUGAAUCGUAGGGGAAAUAACUGCAAGCAGUGUAGUCAUUGACGAGGAGUGGUUCUGUGAAUGAUAGAUCUGAGCAGCGGGCAGGACUGUUGGGCUGUGGCAUGGGCUCCUCUAGCCCAACACUGGUUUACAGUAUUCAAGAUGAGCUGAUUGAAUUCAAGGGUUUUUUUUUAUGUAAAUCUAUUUAUAGCUUCCAAAAUGAAUGAAAUGGAUGUUAUAAAAAUACAGUUGAUUCAUCCUAUGAAUGGGAAGAGUAUUUUUGAGUGCAAAUGUUUUCCAGCAUACCUAGUUGUCUCAGAAAAUAAUUCCGUCUAGAAGGGCUUUCAAGUCUUUAUGGAUAAAAGACAAAAUAAAAAUCAUUUUUCUUAUUUUAGUUUUCUGGAUAUGCCGCAGAAGGAUCCGUGCCAGAAACAAGCCUGUGAAAUACAGAAAUGUUUACAAGCCAACAACUACAUGGAGUCUAAGUGUCAGGCUGUCAUCCAGGAACUGCGCAAGUGCUGUGCUCGAUACCCGAGGGGAAGAUCUCUGGUCUGUUCGGGGUUUGAAAAGGAGGAGGAAGAAAAGCUGACACCGAAGCCUGCAGCAAAGUAGAGUUCUGCUGGCAAGUUCAAUGCUGCGCCAUGUUUCCACCAAGCGAGUUUUAUGUGUCUUCCUGUGUCUUCAGACCAGGUAGCAGCAAAUAGCAAAUGAAAAAGUCAACUAUAAAAGUUAAUGAAUAUGCCAUCUAUGCAGAACGGAUAGAAAUAUAAAUAUAUUAAAUAUGUACAAUGUAAUGAAACCGAGCUGCUAAAAUAAACCUGUUAAGUGAAAAAUU